AUGAAGAAAACUGAUCGCGACGGGGAGGAAAUUGAAUGGGUUCGCUCACAGUCUUCGUCGUCUUCGUCGACAUAUACACCUCGCUACCGCCCACCUUCCGCCACACAUUAUUAUCCUUCACGUUCUCCCAGACCAUCUUAUAGACAUAGUUAUUCACGAAACAAGGAGGUAACCCAUCCAGCCCGCCGAUAUUUGGAGAUUUACUUGUAUAAAUUGGAGAUGGAUGAAUACCGUGAGAUGUCCGACGAUACAAACGAAUUCUCCUUGUUGAAAUUUAGAUAUAAAUUCUGCAAAGGAUCUUGUAGUGUAUUUUUAAAAAAUGGCAAGGGAAAGAUUCACGUUCCUUUACAAGCUUUAGAAGGAGUUACCAAGUCAGAUGAAAGAUGUUUGAUAUUAAAGUUUAACUUGGGGGCAAAAAAUCUUGUAAGUAGGCCUAGCCCGGAAAUAAGGAGGAGGAGAUGGGAGAGGCAAAGGAUUGCAAUCGAAGAAUGA